AUGCCUACCCCACGACGAAGCAAGAGGACCAAGACCCACCACGAGCCUGAAAAAGAGCGACCAGCAGAAGCCAAGAUGGACUCCAUCAAUCUGGGUACUCACAAUGUCUAUCCCCAUCCUGAGCCUCAGUUUGUACACUUCCCCAGUCGACGUUCGGUCGUACAUAGCACCAAAGGGAUCGUAUCUUGCACGCAGCCGCUUGCGUCUGCUGCUGGAAUCGAGAUUCUGAGGAAGGGUGGAAAUGCGGCUGAUGCAGCGGUGGCUGUCGCAGCGGCAAUUAAUGUUACAGAACCAGGUUCAACCGGUAUUGGCGGUGACAUGUUCUGCCUCUACUACGAUGCGAAGACGAAGAAAGUAUCUGCCAUGAACGGCUCCGGACGGACGGGGGCGGAUGUCACGCUGGAAAAGGUCAGAGAGGACCUCAAUCUCGCAGAGGGACAGAGCGGUCAGAUUCCCAUGGAUCAUGUACAUGCGGCCACAGUUCCUGGCGCGGCAGCAGGAUGGGUCGAUUGCGUUGAGCGGUUCGGCAGCGGAAAGGUCACCAUGGAAGACGUGCUUGCGCCUGCCAUCGAUCUCGCAGAGAAUGGUUUUCCGGUCUCUGAACUGUCCGCUACUUUUUGGAAGGCUAGCGAGAAAGACCUCCUGAAAGCAUCUCCUAACGGCCGCGAGAUGCUCAAGGAUGGCCGAGCACCCAAAGCUGGAGAGAUCAUGAAGAAUCCAACGAUUGGUAAUACCUUUAAACUCCUGGCCAAGCACGGAAAGAAGGGAUUUUAUGAAGGAGAAGUAGCUGAGCAGCUCGUAAAAGUGGUGCAAGAUCUUGGUGGCUAUCUUACUCUAGACGAUCUCAAACAUCAUGCAGAGACUGGAUCCGAGCCGGUUGACCCAAUUUCGCUGAAGUAUUACGGCCAGAAGGUUGGAAACAGGCCACCACCCGAGGGCGGCAUUGAGUUAUGGGAACAUCCACCGAAUGGCCAGGGAAUCGUUGCUUUGAUGGCUCUAGGCAUCAUCCAGGAGCUGGAGAGACAAAAGAAGAUUCCGAUAUGGAGUUUGAACGAUCACAACAGCACGGCAUAUCUCCAUACAGUCAUCGAGGCAUUGCGAAUCGCCUUCUGUGAUGCUCAUUGGUUUGUCACCGACCCUAAUGUUGUCAAGGUACCAUCCGCCGAGCUGAUCUCACAAAAAUAUCUUUCCGAGCGCGCAAAGCUGUUUGAUGCAAAGAAGGCCAUUUCAGCGCCCGUUCAUGGUUCUCCAGCACACCUGCAAAGCGAUACCGUUUACUUCUGCUGUACCGACCCUGAGGGCAACGCCAUUUCCUUCAUCAACAGCAAUUAUGGCGGGUUUGGAACGGCAAUUAUUCCCAAAGGCUGCGGGUUUACCCUCCAAAACCGUGGUGCAAACUUCAGUCUUGACAAAGACCACCCGAACGUACUAGCACCAAGAAAGCGACCAUAUCACACAAUCAUUCCAGGCCUGACAACAUACGUCAGCGACGGUAGCUUGCACUCCGUGUACGGCGUGAUGGGUGGAUUCAUGCAACCCCAGGGUCAUGUUCAAGUCCUCCUCAACCAGGAGGUCUUCAAGCUCAAUCCACAAGCUGCACUUGAUUCGCCGCGUUUCUGUAUCGGUGCGGGUAUGCCGAGCGCCGAUGGCAAAAUGACUGAUGCGACGAUAUACCUAGAGGAGGGCAUUGAUCCAAAGGUAGUGGAAGAGUUGCGAGCACUUGGCCAUAAUGUAAAGCAGCUGGACGGCUACGGACGGGGCAUGUUCGGACGGGGCCAGAUCAUCAGGAGACAUGUAGAUGACGGCGUACAGGUCUGGAGUGGAGGCAGUGAUCUACGAGGUGACGGACACGCGGUGCCGUUGUAG